AUGUCGCUGUUUCAAAAAAUGGGGAUUAAGAAAUCAUACGAGAUGAGGCAAUCUAAGCGCACCCCCUACGGGGCUGUACCAGCCGAGGAAAACCAUUCAAAUCCAAGGCCGUCAUCUGAAGUCCGAUAUUUUACAACAAUCGAGCUCCCCGAGGUCGACGAGCAGAAAUCCGAUCCGAAGCCUCUCAAGCUCUCUCAGUUGGACAGAAUUUCUCGUCUAAUUUGGGACUUGAUUCUUGCCACUACAGCCUCCCUCUUCACCGUGUUCGGUAUAUGGGUUUAUUGUAUCGAUGGGAAGCAUGCUGGCCCAGACACCAUAGGCUCUAAGCUAUUUGAAGUCUCUCAAUAUGCGCCCACUAUAUUCCCAGUCCUUUUUGCUGCUAUUGCGGGUAGCAGCAUCAAAAGUAUUGCGUCGUGGCGCAUCCAGACCACUGGAGGGGCGACCAUCGGACUGAUAGAGCAAUGUCUCGGCAGUCAGACUAUCAUAGGAGCCAUUCUCACUCAGAUCAGACUUCGCGCUGUAGACUCCGUCGCCAUAUUGACUGUCUUGUUGUGGUGCUUGUCUCCAUUGGGCGGCCAAGCCUCUUUGCGGGUCAUUUCCAUCGUCCCGAGUUACCCAAGUAAUCAGGUCCAGUUGACCACUUUGAACACUUUCACCCAGUACCAGUACGGCUACGGUCAAGGAAUAUCGAUGGCCAAAACAUCAAUUGCUAACCCACUGAUUGCUUCCAUAUCUGCCGCCUCGCUGCUGGCAAACCGCAAUCAAGAUCUCUGGGGCAACAUCCGCUUCCCUGCGAUCGAGCAUUUUGAGAAUGUCAGUACAGGUUGGAUGGAUGUACCCCAAAAUGAUAAUUUGACGUACGCAUCUCUUGUUGGCGUGCCGGUGAUUGGUUUGCCCAACUCUGGCAAUACAUCAUUUACCCUCCCAGGCUCAUACUUAUCCAUAUCCUGUCCUGUCUUCGACACACUGCACCAAGUGAAUUUUACCAAUUUCACUGGGCCAGAUGCUCCAUCUCCCGGUAAUUCCGACGAUUGCAGCUGGACAAGAUCAUUAGGUGGACAUCAAUUCCAGAUCGCCAUCUCGGAGCCAUGUUCGAAGUCACUCGAUGCAUCGAGGACAAGGACUCGAAAUGCACGGAAGCUGGUAUGGGAAUCAUGGGAUCGUGGUAAUGGAGGCGGUUAUGGAGCGAGUCAAUCCCCCAUUACGCGAGCUAUAUGCGAUCUCACCACGACCUAUGUGGAUUCCAACAUGACAUGCGAGUCCUUAGAUGGGAGUCAGUCCACGAACACUUGCAGCCUGUCCUCCGCUCGCCGUUCGGUGGAUGUAUCCCACUUCCACAAAAACUGGACCAUUUUCGAUUUCAAGUUCCCAGGGGACUCUGCGCUGCCCAUUGGCUAUAACCAAGGAAUAUUGUACAUGCUCACUAGCAUCUUUCCUCAGGCGGAGCAGAGCGGUGGCUUAGAGCCCAUAAUUGGAUAUUUUAUCGACCCUUUUCACGCCAUCGGAAAGCCUAGCGGUGACGAUAUUAUGUCACCUGAGACCACGACCGCGAAAGCCUUUGGGAUGCGUCUAUCGCAGCUCCUGAAUUCCGUCCUAUAUCUAGGAAUCAGCCCGUCGGCAUUCACAGGCUCUGUCAACAUGACGGAAAUCGAAAAUGGCCCAAUCAGCCAUAGCCCCAUCCAAUUGAAGGCCAAGAAUACUCAUCUGCUGGAUAUCGUUAGGUGUAAUCGUCCAUGGCUUACCGUGUUAAUCAUUUCCUCUGUGGUUAUCUUCUGCUUUGCAUUGGUGGGCGCCUAUCUCCACAUCAUAACGAUCGCCCCCGAUCUUCUAGGAUCGAUCUCCGUUACCCUAUUGCAGAACAAGAUCGAAGGAAUUGUUGGAUCCUCUACAUGGUCUUCAGACGAAUGGUCGAAGAAUUUGCGAGAUACGAAAUUAUGGCUGGGAGAUGUUCAGCCUGAUGCUGACGUUGGGUGUCUUGCGUUAACCACCACGGCACAAGAUGUUCCUCCUGGCUCGAUAAAGGGAAGACUGUAUCAUUGA